CUCCCGGCUCUCAUAAGCGGUUUAUUGAGUUCGUUAGUUCUCUAAGUUAAACUUAGCUAGACAGUUAGAUAGAUGCAUUCAAAAGAGGAUGUAGAUCCUACUUUAAGUCCGGCUUUGAGCCGACCCGGCUUAAAUGCAAUUGAAUCUUCAGUUGCCACCAAGGUCGACAACUAUGAUCAAACAGGUUCAUUUAUUUUGAAAGCUGAUAUAGAAGGACAGUUAUCCUGUACCGUAUCAGCAAGAGAUGGUCUUUCUAUUAAAGAUGUGUUGUGGGAAAAAUUGGAGAACACAGGAGGGAGGAUGUGGGAGAAUUUCCUUGUGUUUACGAAGUGGACGAGAAUCCACAUAGAGUGGGAGAUGAACGUAAGCUGCGUGAGGGGUCACGCGUUACAGAUAGUCAACAAACUUGACAUCUUGCCUAUAGCUCUCCCGGGUGCUCACCACUUUAUGAGGAAGGAUGUGAUUCACACAGCGGCUGCUCCUUACUGUGAAAAAGAUUUCUACUACAUGAUAAGACCGAGUGGGAGUGCCAAAAAUACUGGCAGCUUUGCUCUCGUCAUAACGACACCGUCAUUCCCCAACGGCAGGUCAUGCCUCCGACAUGUUACUAUUGGCUUUGACAGGGAAACCAACAAAUUCCUCCUAUGUUCCAAGGAGUUUGACAGUUUGGACCUAUUGGUGGCCUUCUUCAAAACGACGCCGAUAAAAGCUCACAACGGUCCGAAUAUGUAUUUGAGGUACCCUGUGCCAGUUGACGCUCAGCUUGACGAGGAAUGUAAACAAUCCUGGAGGACAACAAGGACAGGUAAGCAGUCAGAUCACCCGGAUAUUGACACUAUAUCCUUGUGGAGCUACUCCUCCUCCCUUACUGUCAACUCUAUCAACACUCCAAUGUCAUACGAUUACGAUGGCAGUGUGAGCGGUUUGAGUGAAGAUGAACAAAAUUACGACGUGCCUAAUCAUUUUUACAGGAAAGACAAAACAAGGGGAUCAACUAUGCUAAGCAGAGAAGAAAGCGUGAUGUCGCCCAUGUCUGACGGAUCACACAGUCAUAUCUACAGUAGUGAUGUGGAAAUGAGGGCACAAAGUGGAAGCAGUUCAGGAGGAUCUUUCAGCAGCACAUCCAAAGCCAGCUACAACAACACCCCCAGAAGCCUAAACACCAGAUCUCAGUUCUUCUUCCCCGUCACCAGAGAGGUCAAGUCAGAGAUCGAAAAAGAACGUCCCCGAUCUGAGAUCCUGAGAGAAGAUUCCUCUGAUUCUCAGAGAGAAAAUCUCAGGGCGAGCAGCAUGCCACCUUUCACUUCCUUAUCGAUCAACAGAUCAAUAUCCGAGAAAUCCCUAUCUGACGUGGAGAAGAGUAAAAAAGACGCUCCAGAAGAACUUUACGUAGAAAUGAGUCCCUCUGUACCUCCAACUCCGUCAAACCCAGCCCGAUUUACCCAUCCAGAACCACUUGCAGUCGAAACUCUUAAACGUCAUCCGAUGUAUCAAAGUCGUUCAGGGUCAGAUCAGGAUAGUGAUCCCAAAACCCUCACCAGAGUGGAAGAACCAGAGAGUUGCUACAUGAACAUAUCAAUAGCUAACAAAUCAGCUUCUUCUUCCAAUCAGGAUGAGCCAGUAGAAACUUAUGUGGAUAUGUCCACAUUGAGGCCCCUGAAGCCACCACCACAGGAUCUUCUCCUGUCUUUACAAUCACAAUCACAUCAUGACUAUGUCAACAGACAGGGAAUUCAGAAUGGUUUUUCUCCUUCCUCCUCUGGGAGUGAAUAUCAACAUUUUGAUCCUGUCACAUCCCAAAAACUCAUUGACAAUGUUCAAAGUUUAAUGGCGACCGUAAAGGAACAAGCUAAGGAAAUCUUGAAUCUCAAAAUGUCAGUUAAGGAUUUGAAAAUAAAAGUGGAGACCUUGGAGCAACUGAACAUAGAAGAGUUCGAAUAUGAUCAAUGAUGAAUAAUCUUAAUCUGGCAAUAUAGGAAAUAGGACUCGCGUUAGGUACUACUACUAGAACUUUGUUGAUGUAUAUUUCGUUUGUGAUAUUUUUUGUAUGAUUUUUGAUGCUGAUCUGGAUCAAUCAGAGCUGAUGUAUCUUGUUUUUUGUAGCAAUGAGUUUUGUGAUUUUAUCUUUCGAAAAUAGUUAGAGCACCAGCUACGAUGAUUGGAUAAGUUUUACAAUACGGACCAGCUCGUGCGAAUAAAUUUACAAUGCAGGGCACUGUUUUGUUAGGUGGCAGUAAUAGUUUAAUUGUUAUAACUAAAAGCUGAGAUCUUUGUUCAUUUUGCAGUAAAUGAUACC